AACUACCUCAUGCAGCUUGCGUUCACCAGAUAAUUAUAUACUAGUUUUGUGUUUAAUGGCCGACAUAUGCAAGAAGGAAAUUAAUGUCAAAGAACUAGAAGCUGAAUUACAGAAAAAAAUCGAAGACGAUGCCCGAUACUGGAGGGAAAAUGAUGCGAAGUUCCGAGCUAUUGAUCAGAAAGUGGCUACAUACGAUGAAUUUAGGGACAUGGUAAAAGCAGCUCAUCUGCAGCCUGUGAAGAAGAGUGAGGUCCAACACAAUCCUGACAAAGCUAGGAAAAGAGUCUGGAAUACUGUUGCUCCAAAACAAAAGGAAAUUUCCCAGGAAAAUUACUGUCAGCAUGAACUGUAUAGAUUGGGCAAAUCAUCUGGCACAAUCGUUCCCACAACACUUCCACAGUUUUGCCAGGAAUGGAGAAGACUUCCCAAGAUAGAACACCUCAGCUUUCUUAAAACAGUAGGAUCAUUAUCAUUGGCCAAGGUGUUACAGUCAGAGCUGCCAGCUGUUGAAUUUGGAGAAAUUAUUAUGGCCCUUUCAGAGUACAGUACUGAAGAUGCCCCAUUUGUUGUCAGUCUGCUGAAAGUAUUUGCAUCUGCUAAACGUUGGACCACACAGUUGCUGAGCAUGCUGCCCAAUACAAUCUGCCUGACUUCAACAACUGCUUCACAGCCUGUGUCAUCUGGAUUCUUCCCACCAACAUCAACUUUUGUGUGUUGUUCAGUUUCAGAUUGGCCAUUCAGUUCCUGAGUGAUGAGCAACAAAAGUCAUGUGAGGCACUGUUCCACAAACUGUUAUCCGAAUCAGCUUCACAUCUUGGAAUUAAUAUGCAAACACUUGAAGAUUUAAGAAAGCUUUAUGUUAUGGAAGGUGUAUAACUC